CAACCACGGACAAGCCUUUUCCUUUGAGUUUCCAGUGCUGGCUCGGAAAACGCAGUGGCUUCCGUCCUCUCUUGUUGAGAUGGAGCGCUGCAACUCCAACAAUCGCUACGCCAUCCAAAGAUUCGUCUGCCCCCAUCCUUUGGACCAGCCCAACUGCGCAUACGAGACUUCAAGCUGCACGAAGGACAAGCACAGGCCAAAAGGUGGGCCUAGGCCUGGCGUCUUGAUUUGGACGCGUGCAGAUCAGGUUAUGAUUGACGGAUAUCUAAGAUGGAGCCCGGUGAAUACCUUACCAAUGUAUUAUCAUCCAAUAUUUUUGCAUCCAUAAUAUACGAAUACUUCGAGCCGCAAAGCCUUCCCGCGGGAACCGCCAGAAAAUACCUCCAAAGACUCGAAGCGGGGUGGAGACAAGAGGGAAAGCUUGUCUAUUGUGAUCCUUUCAGAGACGGCAUCUGGAUUUUUCAGGGCACGGCUAAUGCCUCGAACAAUACGAUUUCCAGGGACGCAGAUGCCCCGAGUGUUGCGGAGGCUUAUAGCGCUGGCCUAGUCCAACGGGACAAAGGCACGUAUGAGCCAGCGAGUCUUGUGAGAAGCAAGCAAGCAAUUUCGAACAACACAAGUACUCCCAGUAGCGGCUCAUCCCCAUCUUCGUCUCUGGACAGCACGAUACGGAAUGCCCAAGCUCUCAACGCAAGGUCAAUUCAAACAAAUUCGGCUCUAGGGGUUAUACAGGAGCCAUCUACAACCUCUCCUGGCGCCAGAUCCGCAUUAGGUGCCGACACACCCACAUCCCUAAAAGACAUCCAUGAGUUAUUCAUCUCCGCGGUACUGGGAUCUAUAGUCUACUUUCUCUGUCGUGAUCACGGGUUCGUCCCUCUGAACUCGCGAACAUUGAUCUUGACCCCUCUCAAACCCAAAUGCAAAGGCUACUUUACGAACAAGCAUACACAAGUUACCAAUGCUAUUGAGCUCGCGACCCUCGAUAUAAGUCUGACCUCUUUGGGCACACUUGUGGUCAAAGCUCGCUCAAACCUGGCUCGUGGCCUCCAGGCGUUGCUUGAAAAUUCAGGCUCAGCAAGCGUUUCAUCCAAGCUAGCUCCGGGUGCCGCUCUAUGGCUGGCACCUGGAGGAAAUGCUGCUAAGUUUUACAGCUAUACCGAUGAGAAGAACUUGUCUACAAGCUUGUCAAUAUCUCAAAUCCAGGCAGGUGCUGCGGAACAGCGACCCAGCAACGUCAACUCUCUCACCAUCAAAUCUUGGCAAUCUAAGUGUCUCGAGUGGUUGUCGACCAAGGGCUUGAAUGCAUCGGUCCUGGAAGAUGGUGGCUGGCUCUUUGUCCAGGUUGUUGGCAGUUAUCCGCCAUACCUCAAUGGCGAAUUCCAAGGAUUGCCAGUGGCGGAUGAAUUGGCUCUUGUUCCCUGGCCCGCACUAUUGUGUUUUCAGACCUCAAGCAUUGGACCUCGAUCCUUGCAGGUUAUUCACAAUGGUCCUACUGGCCCUCGUGAUUCCCUCGCGUUUGCUGAAGACUGGUUCACUGGUAAAGACGAGAGAGCCAUGGCCAUGUCCAAAAGACAAAAAGACCGUCAGGCAGCCGAAACUUUAUCAAAAGAGCAAGCCGAUGUCGAGGCUCGCGCACUUCAAUCCAUCACGUACUCACCUGCCACUUUGCGGAGAGGGAGCAAUGCCGGUGCUAUGUAUCCCACGCCUCCAGAUGCCCCACACCACCCUAUCGGUGCUACACCCUCUUUUGACGGCACCGCAUCGACACCUGGAAACCCGCACCCCUUCGCCUCUCACGACCCAGGGACCGCCAGUCAAGUGACCUCUGGCGCAAAUGACGCAGACGCAGACUUAUGGGGCUCAUCUGUUAAAAAAGAGCGGAACAAUUCAGGCAUGGCUUUCAAUGACAAUGAAAACGACAAUCCCAAUAUGUUUGGAGAUUUGGGAGAUGAUAUAUUUGGGACUGAUGUUACGGAUGCCGACUUCAGCUUUUUCGAUGAGCCUGACGCUGUCCUGCCGGGUCUCAAAAAUGAAUCGCCAGUUGUCUCGCUCCCUGUCUCUCAGGAGGCUUCAUUUUCAGAGGAGACUGCUGUUUCCAAUCCUACAAACCUUCAGGUUCUCGAUCCCCCUGACACGACUAUGUUGGACGUCAAUAUCAGCGAAAGCCGAAUGGAUGAACUACCGCCGCCUUCAUCUGAAGCAGCCGUACUCAAAAACAAAAUAGAAACUGGGGAAGUUAUAAAAACAGAAACCAUCGAUACCAAUAAGAACCGCCCAACGCCUAUUAUUCUGCCUCUUGAUAAGGAAACGGUAUUUAAGCGACUCGUACGAGAGCCAUCGGGGAAUACGAGACAGAAACAGCCUAGGCGGGCGAGUCUUUUCGACCGAGUAGACUUUGAGGAUGCUCUCCUCUCAGUAAACGAAAAAUAUGGCGCUCACGGCCAAUUCAAUUAUAGUGCCAAGCUCAAACGAAAGCAGGCCUCGAGCCAAAUCGAACUCCCACAGACACAAUACCUUCCUUCGCAGCAAAGAAUACAAGAAAAAGGCCAAGAGCUUAGAAAUAUUGCCCACAUUCUGACAAAAAAUGAGCUGGAUACUCCAAUAAAUUCCCGCGAGCCCAUGGAUUAUCUGAUGGAUUCCGACGGUGGCAGUCAGGUUUCUGAACAAGACGGUACUAGCCAUACCACCAGCGAUCAAUCUCUUCUUCCAAAUCAUGGGUUAAAACGUAAAUGGGAGAAAGAGGACGGCGAUGAUAUGGCCUCGACAUUUGAUGCUCUGGCAAUGGAGCUUGAGCACUCUGCAAGUACCCCCCAAUCAAUCAGUGGCUCGCAAAUACCCCUUCUGGAAGCAGACCCUGCAGAUUGGGCGUUGGCCACAUAUUUUACGUCGCCCGAACCAGAUAUUGAGUCUAACACACUCUCGGAUCUUGAAAGAGUUGCAACAGCACAGAUUCUUGCAGACCAGGCAGUGUCGGGCACUCUUCAAAUUCCUAAGACUGCUGGAAACGUGACUCCUUUCACCUCGAAGUCAACCUUUACCACGAAAGAAUUGAUCUCUAGUGUUGCCAGAGCCGCAAAGUCUUGCCUGAGGGAGAUCAACGGCUGUACCAUGCGCUCGUUCUUGGAAAUACAAGGCAUACCCGUCUUGAACCAAGGACUCAGACUACCUCCGCGGCCUAUUGUCAAUCCUCGAGGCCCAAACGGUAUCGAUGCUGCAAGAGCUAAUAAUCCGUUCCCGAUACCACCACCGCAGCUUGAAGUACGUCGCGCAGAUACAAAGCUCUCUGUCCUUCCUGCUGCAAUCACGUUUUGGGAAAAUUUAGGGUUGGGACCAUCCAAAGGCCCUAAGGACGUGAGUGCUGUAUGCGUCUAUCCAAAUUUUGACGGGGUGGCUUCAAAUGCAGAGAUCUUUCUUGAUCAAAUGAGAAGUGUAUACGAGUGUUCUAGACUGGGCAGUCAUGACAAACUCGUAACCAAAGACCUCACGAAUGGGUUGAUGCCUUUCAUUGUGGAAUCACCACAACAAAACAAACUUCACCAUUUAAGUGCCCUCAAGGAUGUUGCAUCCCGACUGAGCAGAAUACUGUCGUCAGUUGUGAUGGAAGAAAAAAACUUUGUUGUGUACUUUAUAUACCCGACCGACAACAGCACACUUCUUGUCCAUAUAUGCUCUGCAUUCCAGCACCUAUUCAAUCUGUACAGAAAGGCAUUGUCUGAAAGAAGAGUCGCCACAGCGAAUGAGUUGGUGCUGCAACUGAUUCCACUAGAUCUUGUAUCCUCGCCAACAUCACUUGCCGUACCACUUCCGUCAGAAUAUUUUAGACUCGCUAUGGAGGUGUAUGAUCGAUGUAUAGACUUCGUUUCUUCGUCCUCGACCCCAGCAAUAAUGCUCGAGCAGCCACUUCCAAAAGCUAUCGACUUUAAAUUAAACGCAACUCCGUCCGCAUCUCUCCUUCAAGAGAACACCUGCCUUCAUGUUGGUUAUGCGCAAAGCAUUGAUGACCGCUGGAUCACUGCUACAUGGACCGAUAAUAGAGGCACGCAGCAAAUGACGGCUUCUUACUGUCUAGGACGAAAGAACGAACCGAUCUCGAUGCCAUUCUCUGAAGUUGCUAAUGAGAUAUGGGGGACUACGCUAAAUUUCAUUGCAAGCAAGAAGAUUCACUGGCGUAUCAUGAUUGCGCGAGUAGGAGUAAUGGACCCAUCCGAAAUCGACUUCUGGACCGGCCUUGCGUCGACAGAAUCCGAGGCUCAAGUCAGUUUGACGCUCAUAACAGUCCAGACGGAUCCAUCCUUGCGUCUGUUACCAGCUUCGAUCACUCUAGCACCCAAUACAAAUAGUGCAACCUCUGUUGCCACUCCAGUAUCCACGCCUCAGGCCUUGCAAUCAUCAAUUGUCUCACCUGGCGACGCAGCAACGCCGGCGAAGGAGAUUGCAAGUGCUGCUACGCCCGUAGAUGGACCGGUUGAGCCUGAUAGUGAUGCCCGAUUGAUAGACUCCACGGACCAGAGCUGGGGCGCCGUCCUGUCCCAUCGCCUAAACAACUCAAAUUCACUCAUGGAGCUGAAUCCCGCACUUAUAAGCGGUUACCUUCUGAAACGUGGCGGCGUUCACAGUGAUGAUCCGCCAAUCAUCAUGGAGGUCAAUAUUCUGUACAGUGAAGUGGUAGGAAACCCGCGAACAUUCCACGAGGGUCUUUUGAGGGAAAUUCUUGGUUAUUAUAGAGGACUUGGAACGUUGGCACGGGUACGUGGCCUGGUGGACUCUGUGGGGGAUGUGAGACCAUGGCACAUUGCCGCCGCCGAAAAGGCAGUGAAAGCUUUGUACAUGUUAAUGUGACGCAUAUAGUAUAUUAUAUCAUUGAUCCUUCAGCCGCUCCCCCGAUGUAGUGAUUCAGGAGAGAAAGUAACGGCCGAGCAUGCUCAGAAAUGGCUGAGGUAUUGCGAAUAGCUGUAGCUUGGGAAUGGCCAUUUUUGAUCCUAAAAGUUCAUCAAUCAAGAACAGCUGUCGGCUAUUGAGCGCCUCUUGCCCUUUUCAGAGUCAAAUCACAUGGUGCUUCGGGGUUCAAAGGGGGCUUCUCGCUUAGGAAGUCCAGAAGUUACCCCAGACUACACUCUACCAAAGCAUCAUUCAAUAAGGGAAGGAGAUGUGGAGUUUCUUUCAACCACGCGUCGAUUUCAUGCGUCAUAAUGAGAUAUCGUCCUAGAGGCAAUUUUAU